AUAGUGUGCUAUACAUCACCAGGUGGUCAACUUUAUCAAAGGAGAGGACUUCUAACAAGUGUCAGAAGCCACAAUGUCGGGUAAGAGCUUCCAGGGACUGAAGGAACAAGCUGAAGGUGCAGCAAAAGAUGCUGCAAACACAUUGGGACAGGCCACCCAGGAUGCAGUCAACCAGAUUACAGAUGCAAGCCAGAAAGCUUUUGACAAGGCUUCCAAGACUGCACAAGAUGGAGUAGAAAAAGUGGCCGGUCAGGCUGCAGAAGCCAUGUCUGGCUUUGGGAAAAAAUGUGGAUUUAAAAAAUGAUGCUAAUUCAAGUCUGCUUGUAUAAAUCUCUCUCUCUUUGGUCUGCUAUUACCUACUUCUUUGUGUAGAAAAAUGAAAGCUGUUUGAUAUCUGGAUAAUUUUGUUCUCUUCAAAUACAAAUUUUUAAGGCAGAAGGUCCCCCUCAUCCUUUACAUAGAAAAAUAUAAUCUUUUAGCACGUCUGCUCACAAUUGUCAAAAGGGCUCAAAAGGUUUUGGCAAUGCUACUGCCCUCCUCUUGCAACAGCUCAGUGAUUAUUGCCACAUUUGCUGAGUGUAUUUACAAAGCCAGUGAAACUGUUCAUAAUUAGGACACCAGAACAGUCAUGUGAUGAAACUGAGUCUUCUUCCAAUAAUCAAAA